AUGCCCCAGCAAAUCAAGGAUAUCAAGCAGUUCCUCGAGGUUGCCCGCAGAAGAGACGCUGUGUCCGCUCGCAUCAAGAAGAACUCUGACUCUGUCAAGUUCAAGGUCAGAUGCUCUCGCUACUUGUACACCUUGGUUGUCAAGGAUAAGUCCAAGGCCAACAAGCUUAGACAAUCUCUCCCUCCUUCCCUUGCCAUUGAAGAGCUUAAAUAA